AUGUCAUUCAUCACUUCUCUGCCUAUUACCGUCCAAGCCGGUCUCAUUUUUCUAGGUGUGAUUGGAUCUUUACUUCUCGUCAGGAGGCUACAAAAGCACAAACAUGAAAGGGAUCUACUACCGCUACCGCCACAGCCAACUGGCUCGCUUCUGGUCGGCAAUAUGGCCGAGGUGAUUGCUGCAUCCAAAGUCGGCCAGCAACAUUUGCUCUUCCAGGGUUGGGCACGGGAACAUGGAGAGAUAUUUCGUGUUCGCGUUGGUCCCUUUACGGAAUAUUUUAUCAACUCUGACGCUGCGGUCAAGGAGAUUUUCGACAAGUCGUCUGCUCAAACAGCCGAGCGACCUCGCUGGAUUGUGUCCAAUGAGCAGAUAUGCAACAGACUCAACGUGCUGCUACUCAACGCUAGCGAUCCUCGCUGGAAGCAUCAACGCAAGGUGAUCCAUUCCGGCUUGACCAGUAUACCAAGAGCAGAUGCUGGGUUACCCUUUCUCCAUUACGAGACUGCAAAGUUCAUGCAAGAGCUUGCCAAUAAUCCGACCAUCGGCCGCGAAAGCAAAGAGCUUUUCAAUGCAAUCGGACGCUACACUUAUAGCACUUUUGCUUCACAGACUUUCGGCUUGGAUAUUCCCAAUACGAAUGAUCCCACAAUCGACUAUAUAUUCGAGACUGGUCUGGCGCAGAUUCAAGGUACAUUACCUGGCAACCACAUUGUUGAUAUCUUGCCUUGGCUGGAUAACCUUCCCUUGUUCCUCAAACCAUGGGAGCGCGAUGCUCGGAAGAGAUUCAAGCGAGACAUGGACUGGUGCAUUGAACGUCUCAUGCGAAUCAAANAAGGAAGAUCUCGCAACGUGAUGCAAGAUGCCUUCCUGCCGCGUGUCUUGGAGGAUGAUAAGAAUCUAGGCUUUGCGAGCGUGGAAGAAGCAGCUUACCUAUCCCUCCAACUCAUCAUUGGCGCCGCAGACACCAGCAAAAUGUCCACAUGGUCUUUCCUGGAAGCCAUGAUGACCUACCCCGAAGUUCAGGAAAAAGGACAUCAAGAAAUUGUCAAGAUUGUUGGAAACCGUUUACCGGUGUUCGAAGAUCUUGAGCAGAUACCCUACGUGCGUUGCUUGAUGAAGGAAACAUGGAGAUGGCGCCCUCCCGUGAGUCUCGGUCACCCUCACACCACGACUCGCGAUCUCGAGUAUAAGGGUAUGCGUAUUCCCAAGGGCUCACGACUACAUCUCAAUGCGUGGGCGAUACAGCACGAUCCCGAUCGUCACGAAGACCCCGAUCGUUUCUGGCCCGAGAGAUACUCUGAUGACCACACAAACACCAUGCAAAGCAUCAAUACCAGCGAUGUGCGCAAUAGAGACCACUUCGCUUUUGGUUCAGGUCGUCGAGUGUGUCCUGGCUAUCAUGUGGCAGAGCGCUCUCUUGCUGUGGCAAUUAUGCGUUUGCUGUGGGGUUUCAAGAUCGCACCCGGUCCCGAUGCAAAAUUGCCUCUGGACCCGCGCGACUUUGCUGGAGAGAUGCCCGGUAAUCCGGGAGAACAAAUGCCGGUCACUGUUACAGUCCGCGAUGAGAAGACUCGCAGUAUCAUCAACCAGGCAUUUAAAGAAGCAGCUGCUACUCGUGUCCAGCUAGUAAGAAUCCUCUUGGCCUCAACAAUAUGUAAUUUACUAACUAUUUGUAACAGGAACCGCUUGCUUGAGAUCCAACUCGGUGACCGUCAAUUGACAAGGGCAUAG